AUGAUCAGUUUGACACCCAUCUCCGCCAGUCCCAUCCAAGUUCCUUAUCAUUUACUUCACGACCUUACUGUUGUACGUCCUCCGAAAGUCAAGAUUGCGGAUCACAUUCAGAACCUCGCGGCAACAUGGAACAACCCGAUAGCCUCGACGUUUGCCAUCAAGAUAUCUUCAGCCGACAGUGUUCCGGCCUUGCUUAACGCCAUUGACCUGAUUCUGUGCUCUCAAGAAAACUUGUACAGGAAGAGCAACGAUGUUUGUCCGGCAGAUUCUUAUGACACCAUGGAAGAAGAUUCAGAUCCACUCAGCAGAUUCAACGACCUGGAGGAUCUGGUCAGUGACGGUGACAACCUUCCUCAGUUCCUUGUAGAGGACAAAGGUUACGACCAGGAGUUGAAGAAGAGACGGAAGAGGAAGACGAUGGAUCAAGCGCUGACAAUAGCGGCAGCCAUGACAUGCCUCCGCCUCUCCGAUGUGAUCUGCCAUGGGUUGCUACCCCAGAUUGAGAAGGGCCUGGAGACGCUUUCCUUCCCACUCGGGACAGACUUCUCCUCCUUGUUCCCGGCGAGGAAGAUUUUGACCAACAUCGGGGACCUGAGGAAAUCUUCCGAUCUUUAUAGCCUCGAGAAAGCUGUUUGCCAGCAUUGGCCCGACGUGCUCCUGAUUGGAACCACAGCGAUUGUGAUGAAGACGUCUGCAUCGUCCAGGAGUUUCUUCAAGUCUGUUAGCGCCUGGAAGGACACUGCGUCCGAGGCCGUCUCCAACGUGGUCCAAGAGAACCUGCGGGAGCCGAUGAAAGCAAUCUCCAAACUCCUCUUCGAGAAGCCAGCAGGGAAUGAGAUGCAGGAGGCCGUGGAGAGGUCGCGCCAAGCGCUGCAACGCAUGAUUGAUGUUGCUGCCGAGCGCUCGUUCUACAAGGAUGAGCUGAAGCGGACGAGCGCUGGAGGGAUGGAAGGCAUCAUGAAGACUUUCGAGCUGGAGAUGCGGUCGCCGAUCAAGGGGGCGUUGACAGGAAAACUUCUGCGAGCAGUGAGCAAGACGUUGGAGAGGAGGAAUGGGGAGGAGCUGAGAGGUCGGCAGGGGCUGAUCCAGCUGCAAGAGAUGAAGCUGAACUUUGAGACGGAGAUGACUACGGUCCUCGCGAUGCUCCCAGUGCUCUCAGCCAUCGCCAUCGCCACGGCCGGAGUCUCGGGAGCGAUCUCAUGGAUCGGGUCGAGGAAUCAGAGGACUCGGGAAGACCUCCUGGACAUCGUCCAUGAAGUCAACAAAUGCCUCAUCUCCGAACAGGUCGGGGGCACGGAGACUUUCAGAUCGAUGGGGUUGCGAUGCUUGUUCGUGUGGCAGAUGGGGAAAGUGCUACAGACCGGCAUAAGGGACAUCGACCCCCGGCAGGUCUCGAAGCUGAGAAACGAUGUCGUCAAGCUAGCGAGCCCGGCCAUCUCGGUGCAAGAACACUUCCUGCAGCUCGACUUAGUCUACCGACAACUAUCCAGGGCCUGA